AAAUUGCAUAUACUAGCUAGACAAAAGGCUUCUAUUAAAACCGAAACUUGAGCUAAAUUACUUGACAUUCUAUACAAUUAAAAACACACAAUAUUGAAUUAAUGUAUUGAACGAUGCAUUUUGUGUUGGAAGAUUCAAUUAAUUCCUUCUGUUCUUGCUAUAAAAUCUUCGAAAUAUUUUUAGCCACGUAUAACCACAAUAUGAUUAAAUCGAGACAACUGAGAAGUCGUUAAUAAUUCCCUGAACACUCAUUUUCAUUUAUUUUACCACCGAACCAGUAUGUUUUGUGUUCAGAUGCAUUGCUGCUUAAAUUGUAUAUUCCGUAGUGCACGGCCAGAAGACUCAUUGCCACAUUAGAUGUUUAACUCAAGCCAGUUGAGACCUGUUCCAUGAGGCGCAUCUACUUAUCUCUACAGCAUAUGAUAAAGUUUUCUGCAGUUAUGUGCUUACGGAAACAAUGAAAAUAGCCUUUUCAUUGGAAGCAGCGGUGUGUUCUCUCCCGUUCAACGGAACCUUAUGACUGGCUCAAGACCACCUAUUUUUUCUGUCCCUCACGUGAUCACCUGACCCAAAAUAAUUGAAAUCUUGUGACUUUAGGUAUUCCACAACAAAACAAGUUUGGCUUCCUCGAUUGACUUUCCGUUCUAUUGCAGUGUCUAUCAAUGGAGAGGUUUGUUCUCUGUGAAAGUGAUAGGCUAAAAGCAGAGCUGUACUCUAGUAUUUUGAGCGAGAGUACAGGGGAAUGGGAAGAAGGGGGUCAUCUCAAAACAGGCCUGCUGGAGCCUGAGCCACUGCAGGAAGUGGAUGAAGACAUGGUGUCAGAGGUGGACCUCAACAACAGUGUCUCUGAGGAGGAGAGAGAAGAAAUUCAAACGGAGCUAAUAAAGUUGGAAGAAGAAAUCUCCACCCUGAAACAAGUCCUGGCAGUCAAGGAGAGACGUCAAUCCGAACUGAGGCAAAAACUGGGCAUAUCACCGCUGAAUGAACUCAAGCUGAAUAUCAACAAGAGUUGGACUGAAAUGCAGACAUCCACUGCCUACAAAAAGACGUCAGAAACGCUAACGACGGCCGGGCAGAAGACCACGGCGGCUUUCAGCACGCUAGGGACGGCCAUCAGCAGGAAGUUCGGGGACAUGAGAUCAAACUCAAUUGGUUACUCAAUCCGCCAUUCAAUGAGCAUGCCUACUAUGAGAAACUCACCCAGUUUCAAGACGUUUGAGGAGAAGGUCGAAAGCACAGUUUCCACCUUAAAGACCAAAGUCGGAGCGAGUGGUAGCGGAGGCAAUUUUGAAGAGGUGCUCAACUCGGCUGCGCACGCUAGCGCCCAGAACACUCCCAGCAACACCCACCUUACGGAAGACGGCAGCGAGCAGACAUCCUAGGCUCUGCAUCCCCUCCUGUGCACUCUACUGCCCCCCUCUGGCCCUGAGGCCACAUAGUCUGCUGAGGAAAGAGUCACGGAUACAUUUUCAUUCCAACCACAGUCGCAAUCACAGAAUUUUAUCACAGGCAUUAUUUAAGCCGCGUUAUGUCUGAAAUAGCUUUGCAUGCCAUGAAGAAUAAAAAUCUCGUGUUUA